CUUUCUCUCUCUCUCUCUCUCUUUUCUUUCCCCUACUUCCCUGCCAUUACAUACAUACAUAUAUACUUACAAAAGAUGGCUUUAUUAAAUAGCGAUUGUCCAGAACUUAAGCUUAUCGCUCGUGGUAAAGUUCGUGACUUGUACGAAGUAGAUGAGAAGUCUCUUCUUUUUGUAGCUACUGAUCGUAUCAGUGCUUUUGAUGUUAUUAUGAAAAAUGUUGUUCCUGGAAAAGGAAAAAUUUUAACUGAAAUAUCAUUAUUUUGGUUUAAUCUCUUAAAAGAUGUAUUGCCUAACCAUUUAAUAACUUCUAACUUUGAUGAAAUGCCAGAGAAAGUUCAAAAGUAUCGUGAUCAACUUGAAGGUCGCUCUAUACUAGUGAAAAAACUGCGUGUUUUACCUAUUGAAGCUAUUGUACGUGGUUAUAUCACCGGCUCUGGUUGGGCUGAAUAUAAAAAGAAGGGUACCAUCUGUGAUAUUCCUCUUCCUGAGGGUCUUGUUGAAAGUCAAAAAUUACCAAAAGUACUUUUUACACCUAGUACAAAAGCUGAAAAUGGACUCCAUGAUGAAAAUAUUCAUCCUUCAAAGAUGGUAGAUAUUUUAGGAGAUGAGGAACUUGCAAAUAAAAUUACCAAAUCGGCUAUUGAACUUUAUACAAAAGCAAGCGAAUAUGCAGCAAAAAAAGGCAUCAUUAUUGCUGACACUAAAUUUGAGUUUGGCUUGGAUGAAAACAAUAAUUUAAUCUUAGUGGAUGAAGUUUUAACUCCUGAUUCAUCUCGAUUUUGGCCUGCGAAUAAUUAUGAAGCGGGUCGUACACAAGAUAAUUUCGAUAAGCAAUUUUUACGCAAUUAUCUUGAAUCAAUUCAUUUUGAUAAGCGUACUAGUAUUGAAGUUCCAUCUGAUGUUAUUGAGAAAACUUUAGCAAGAUAUAAGGAAGCUUUCUUACUCUUGACAGGAAAGGAAAUUAAAUUGUAAAUUGUAUAAAAAAAAAGUAAAUAUGUCUCUCUUCUUCUAUAUAUAAAAUAAUUUAUAUACAGCAUAAAACAGAAAAAAUAUGGUACAUCAUAUUGCUUGAUAUUCAUAGUUUAUAAUAUAUUAAAUUAUCUACAAUUUGGCUUUUUUUUUUUAUUUUCAAAAUAUACUUUAUUUCAAGUUAGCAUCCCUUUCAACAAAAGAGACUUGAAAAAAAAAGAAA